GACUCGAAUCUCGAUUCGUUUGAAGCAAUCGGCAAUGGCGUCUCUGUCGUCGUCUUUCUGGAACACAGCUUCACGAGAAGCCAUGAAAAGCGGCGUGUUUAUAGCGAAACUCUACUGCUUCCUCCAUGUUACCACCAACUAUCUCGGAUUCAUGGCUUAUGCUUAUGGUCCGAGCAUGAUUCCGACGCUUCAUCCUUCGGGAAAUGUGUUAUUAGCUGAGAGAAUCUCUAAGCGAUAUCAGAAACCGAGUCGUGGAGAUAUUGUUGUGAUACGAUCUCCAGAAAACCCUAAUAAGACUCCGAUUAAGAGAGUUGUUGGUAUUGAAGGUGAUUGUAUAAGCUUUGUGAUUGAUCCAGUGAAGAGUGAUGAAUCUGAAACCAUUGUGGUUCCUAAAGGACAUGUCUUUGUUCAAGGUGACUAUACUCAUAAUUCGAGAGACUCAAGAAACUUUGGUCCUGUACCUUAUGGUCUUAUUCAAGGCAGAGUGCUUUGGAGGGUUUGGCCAUUUCAAGAUUUUGGACCGCUUGGACCAACCCCAACGUAGCAAAUUAGAUAAUUUGAUAUGCUAUAAAUUUUGACAAAUUAGUGAAUUACCUUUUCUUUUAUUGAUUGUGUUAAUCAAAAUGAAUUUAUUUU